GGGCCCUCAGCUGGUUCACUAUGUGGGCGUGUCUAUAGAGUUUCUCUUCCAUUUCCAGUGUUCGCGAAAGCACGACAGAGAAGACCAAAUGAAGAGGAUAAGGAUUCAAUUAAGACCCUUUAAUAAAAAAUCUAAAGUAGAAGAAGAAGAAGACCAGUACACGAGGAAAAGCCCAAGGAAAAGAAGGAGAGUCAAAUAUAUUGACUAUGACAAUAAUGACAACAGUGAUGAGGAGGAGGAAGAAGAAAAAGAAGAAGAAGAUGAUCAGCAACUGGGCUCAUCUAGCCAGAGUCAGUGGAUACAAGAUAAUAGACUCUUGCCUGUAACCUGUGGAAACAAAACGGGUGUCAUGGAUAAGGAAAAGCUGGACAGAGGUGAGCCUUGCAUUAAGAGUGAGGACUGCUGGUACUCUCCUCCUGCCUUUGAGGAUUUUGGUGGCAAAUAUGCUAAUAGAAAAUGGAAAGCUAGUAUUUUUCUUCAAGAUAAACCCCUACAGUACUGGUUUGAGAAAGGGUUAUUAACCACUAAGGGGUUUAAAAAGGGAAGACGACAGUUUAAAAAGAUAAUCUCGCUAUCAGAUCAGGAAUCGGAGAGCUCCUCUCGAGGGUCAGAAAUAGAAUCUGAAGAAGAGACUGAGGAAGAUGAUGCCAAAGAUGAUAACUGGCUUCCAAACAGUGAUGAACUGGUACUAGAGGGAGAGGAAGAAAGGGGAGGGGCUGAAAAUGGAGGAGAAGGUGUAGACUCAAAAACCGACAAGGAUAAAGAAGAGGAUAAAACUGGAAAGGGAGAACUGGAAGACGAGGACAUGUCUGCUGAUAACAACAGUGAUUCUGAAGAACUGGAGGCACCUGAGAAAAAUAUCCUGAUGAUGGAACUACAAGUUAUCCUUGAACGGCUUCCAGAGGUCAAGACUAAUCAGUCCAACUACAUGGAGCAUCUAGUAGACAAUUUGAGUAAGCUGUCGGAUGAGGAAGCACAGAGUGAAGAGGAGAGCGAACACAGCGGUCUGGCACCGAGUGACCUCUCCAUCACAGCAGACGCACACGUGGAUCCCUCACAGAUGUCAGGCCCACCCACCACUGGAGGUGUUACAGAAGAAAACAAAGCUGAGUUCAUUCAAAGAAAUGAAAGAAAAGACAGACAGGGAGGAACUGAAACUGACCAAAGAGAUUCAUCAAGGUCUCCGUCUGCACCAGCUACCUCGUCCUCAGACAUCGAACCUGAUACUGUACAUAAAACUGAAGACUCUGGGAGAAUGAGCAACCACACUGCCAAGCCCAGCGCCUUCCCCCAGAUGUUACUCUCAGGGACAGACACGGAUGUUGGCAGUGACAUAGUAGGUGACUGGGAGGAGAAAGAUGCAGAGCUGCAAACAGGGCAGUGUGGAACGGAGCAGCAUGAAGGCAGCAGUGAGACUUUUGUAACUGUAAACACUGGAGGUGUCUCCGUCAGAGAACCCAUACAUAUCAAGACUGAAAGGACAGAGGAAACAAAGCUUUCCACUAUACCGUCGAGUGAGCUUGUUGAGUGUAAAUAUGAGAAUCCAGGGCAGACAGAUGCCACCACAUCUGGCCAUCAUGCAGCACAAUCCCAAGUGACGACACCUCAGACCAGGUUUCCUCUAACAGCAGGAGUCUCAGGCAGAACUCGUUACCCAGAGAAUCCGUCCUCUGCUACCACUGACCUGGAUACAAUGGACCUAGACCAGCUGAAAAAAGAGAAAAUAAAAAUGCAGUUGAAGGUAUUAAAACUGCAAGAAGAAUAUUACACUCUGAAAAUACAUGAACGAAGAAAAUGUCAUCGUUUCCCUGGAGACACAUUGUAAAGCUGACACCAGGCCUACGGUUACUGUUGCGGCUACAGGGUGUGUGUAGUAGGUUGGAUCCCAGCGACCAAGAAUGUAGGAGACAGACUUGAAAAAUACGUCAGGUUUCUCAAAUCGAUAAUUUAUUUUAAACAAAUACAAGCAAAGUACCCAUGCAAAAACAAAAUCACUAAACAAAAAAGACAUAUACACGACUUGUAUUAGGGACAAGUGGAGUGUCCUCACCCACUUUGUCACAGUGUGGCUGGAAGUGUUAGAAUCCCUCCACUCAAGAAAGAAACCUUUUCUGUCAGUCUUAGAUUAUAUUGCGGCUGAUUCUCCUGUUGGAGGACUAUGAGCUGUGGCCGAGGCGGAGUGGCUCUGGCCAAGCAGCUCUCAUGCUGUGUCAUCUGGAUGUUCUCCCAGAGGCUCGUUGCAUUUUAUCAAACUCCAUUUGGUUCUUUUGUUUCUCUUUUCAAAGCGGGCUCCUCCUGGAUCUUUUCCCACGGGGCCUUUCUUUCAGAAGGUGUGGGAGUGACUGGUCACUGUUGGACCUCAGGGCUCAGCUUGUUUUUGAAGUUCUACUUGAUUCGUUUUCUGCUUCAAACUGUUACUGAACUCGUUUGCACCCCGAUUCAUGUUUGGUGUGGUGCACACGGUGAUGCCAAACAGCACGGUUUUCUCCAUGCAAAUGACUGAUUACAAGACUGAAGACAUCUGUGAUAUGAACUGAACACAAUAGUAUGUUUAAAACAUCACUACAGCCGACUGAUCAGUUUCUAAGGGUGUCACUAAAUUUGUUCAGGCCAUUUUAGGAGCGUUGCUUCUGUCACACGUUCAGCCAUAUCUAUGUGCAAUUAAUUUGUUGGUAAUGAAAAUGCAUUUUUAGAUGUUGAUGACUCUGAUAUGGAGUCAGUUAUGUCGUUUUUAUUUGUAGUACUCUUGUAUAAAUACUGUUUUUUUACCAUGAACCUCAGUGGAAACAAGUCUGGAACUUUUUCUUUGCCAUCUUGCAGGUGUGUGACCUGGUAUCCUCACACUCACCGUGCAAAAUAAACGCAACAUUGGUAAAAUCCAGUCAAACCAGUUGAGGACUUUGUCAUCAUUUCCUCCUCAGUCUGGCCCACCCCUCAGGGGAAGGCAGAGCGAUCUGAUCACCAUUAGUUUUAAACAUAUCAUUUUUU